CGCUACUAUAGGUUUACAAAUCAACCUGCAAUGGCUUCAUCUCGAAGAGGACUACUUGUGAUCGGAGCUGGCGGCAUGGGCCUCGCCAUUGCCCGACGUCUUGGGGCAGGGCAGCUCGUGAUUCUUGCCGAUUCCUCGCAGAAAGUUCUCGAUUCCGCUGCAUCCUCGCUCCAAGAUGAUGGGCACGAAGUUGAAACUCAAAUCGUUGACGUGUCAAGCCACGAAUCUGUCGAAAACCUCUCCAAGGUCGCUUCUGGGGCGGCUAGGCUAAACACAGUAAUCAACACCGCUGGUAUUUCCCCUGGAAUGGGUACCGCUCGAAGGAUCUUCGAGGUGAAUUUGCUCGGAACGGCGAAUGUCAUUGAUGCCUUCCUUGAGGUUAUGCCUCCUGGUUCCUCGUUGACCUCCAUUGCGAGCAUAGCUGGCCAUUUGGUCCAGAAGGCGGUUAGUCCCGAGCUAGAGAAGCAUCUUGCGACAUCCCCAAGAGAACAACUACUAGGUCACGAUGCUGCUGAUCUGGAGGGCUCACCUGAGCUGGCAUACGGCAUUGCCAAGUGGGGAAUCAUCGUUCGCAUGCAGGCUGCAGUUCGACAAGGACAAAAGAAAGGAGUGAGACUCAACACAAUCAGUCCGGGCGUGAUUAUGACAACAAUGAUACGAAAGGAGCUAGAAUCAGAGUUGGGAGAUCGGAUAAAGGAGAUGAUUCCGGAGACCCCAAUCCCCAGAGCCGGCUGCGCGGAUGAGAUUGCAAGUCUUGUGGCUUUCUUGUCAGGCCCAGAUGCAGCCUUUAUUAACGGCGCAGACUUUGUCAUCGACGGUGGUGCUACUGCAGCGUCUCGGUUCAGCGAUCCAAUCCUUGAGUUGGUUUAG